AUGGCUAUCCAACCAAUCACUGGUAUGCUCCGAAGGGGCCUUGUUCUGGACCUUAGCACCGCCUUUGGUCUUGGAACAACAUCUGGUUAUCUAUGGUGGUACGGGUACCACCUUCCCCGCGUCCGGGCCCGUGACCGCCUCUAUGCUACCUUAGAAGCCGAGCGUGCCAGAGAAGCUGCACUCUAA